AAUAAUACAUUGCUGGACAGGGAGUCGUUUGACUACAAAACACUGGAAACUAGUGUAUUGACAGCGGUAAGUUGCUUGAAUAUAAAAGUUAUCAUACUUACAGAAGCUUGAAGUUUCUGUAGGCCAUAUUCUGGAACCAACUGGCGAAUCGAAUGAGAAAGAUAAAAAUAAGAAACAAGGAGCCUUCCUAACCCGAUAGCAUCAGCCCUUUUUGCGUAACGGUUGUUAAAAAACAAACAAACAAAAAAAAAACCUUUCGGCGCAUCUUUCAGCUCGCUGUAAUUUUGCUUCGAGGUAUUGCGAUAGUGGAUACAAUACAAAGUCGUUAAAAUUAAGCUUCGAAAGUUUCAAUGCCUCAACUAAUUGCUUCUUUAAACGCUUUGGGCGCCAUGUUUCUGAUCUUCUUGAUUGUUGAUAGAGCUGCAAAGCACGAUAAUACUGUCUUGGUCACGCGAUCAGUCUACUAAUGUGUGAGGUGACUCUAUCUAACACCAUUUACACUUAUCUGGGACAAUGGAUCUUCUAAUUUUGCACUCUCAGCUUGACAUUUUUUCUGUGCAUAUCAUCAUUUCUUUGGUCUAUUUUACAUUAAACAGUAAGUUGGAAUUGCUUGACCAGACUUCAAGGGUUUUCAUGGCGCUAGCGGUAGCGUCCAGAUCGGAAGGGGAGCAGUGCUUCAUGAAAGUCGUGUCGUCUGCAUAUUGGUAUGAAAUGCCGUGCAGUCAUGGUUAUCGUUAAGAUCAUUUGCGUAUAAAGUUGAUAAGGCUAGCUCCAACAUCGAACCCUGUUCUACCCUGAAUUGCACGUCAAUCAGCUCGGAUGUUUGAUCAUUCACUCGUGCAAACUGUCGUUUUUCACGCAUGUAACCCAUUUGUGCAUUUUUUCAAGAAUCCUGGUGUGAUCGACCGUAUCGAACGCCUUUGUUAAAUCUGGAAAUACAGGCAUGAUUUCAUCUCUUUUCAUAGCUUGGAUAUUGUCAUCUCUGAAGCGCAAUAAUAACGUUGUUGUUAAAUGACCUUUUCUGUAGUCAGGGAUCUUCUCAUUAAGUAUGCUGUGUCUGUCGAUGUGUGGGCGUUCGUACACUUUGGAGAGCACGGGUAGGAUAACAAUUGGUCUAUGAUCAUUAUAUCCCCUUGGAUUGUUAGCUUUAGGUACCUGGCAUAUCUGGAGGUUUUCAGUGCCUUUGGAAUGGUGUUUUUCUCAAUGCACCUAUUUAUUCUGUCGGUCAAUGGUGAGGUGAUGUAAGUGUAUUCUGAAACAAGCUUGAUAGAAUUAGCAGGGAUUAGAUCAGGCCGGGUUGCAAUCAGUUCUGAUCUUUUUUUUUAUAAUUUGCUGCUCGAUCUAUUUAAAGGCGACUUUACGAAGCACGAAGGAGUCACUUUCUUUAGAUCCCAAUAUUUUUUGAGUUGUGCUGGUAAGAUGUCUGUUCAACUCAUCAGCGUUCUGGCACGAAUGGGUUUUGAAUUGGAGUUGAGGAUUCGGUGAAUCUUGCGAGGUAGUAUUUUGGUGAUUUCGAUGACAGUGCCUUCUGGUAAUUGAUCUCUUCGCCUGCUCCACCUAAAUUCCUUACGUCUCUGAACUUUUUUCAUAUAUCCUCCGAUUUGAUUUGGUGAGCUUGACAACGAAGCUGUUUCCUCUGUGCCUGAAACUGGUGGAUGUCAUUUGAUUUCAAGAAUGGUACAGGAGGGCGCGUAAUUCUGACCUUCUUUAACGGGACGAUUUGUCUAGACAAGUCGGGAACAAUGAGUUAAAGCGAGAGGCAUUUACUUUAUAAUAUUCACCCAACGAGACGUAUUCGAAUAAAAUCAAGAAUACAAAGCCAUUGAGAAGAAUAAAAUCGAUGACAAAAUAAAAUAGGAAUCAUGAAUCACUGAGGUCGAAAAGCUAGCCCAGUUUGAGGAUUUGGGGAGACCUAUUCUUACUUUUAAUGAGUAAUUUCAGAUUUUAUCUACUGUCGACUAAGUAAUAGUACUGUUGGACUACAUUUGAUCUGUUAUUUGAUUUAAUAACACCUGUUUUAUAUUCAGGUCCAUUACUUUGAUGUUCAUAUUUUUUUCCUCUUUUAGAUGUUUAAGGUUUACAGCACCUGUUCGCAAAAACGGCUCUACCGAGUAGCAGUUGAAAAAUUCAGGUAUCUAUUAAUUAAAGGGAAAAAAUACCCAAUCCUUUUCUUAAACGGGCUAAUUGUGACGAGGGUAUUGCCGUUUUAGGUCAAUUUGGUGCUACGAUUAUCACUUCAGCAAUACAAAAAAUGCUCUUGUAGAGAUAUGAAUGAGAUAUCAAGCAGAUCUCGUCAGAGAGCACUAACCAUAUAUAAGCCGUUUUGGUGCUUUUUGCAGCCAUAACAUAAAAAUUGCGGUAGAAACAAAAGACAGGAGAGAGAUUCAGUGCCUAAGUAAUUAUAGUCGUAAAUAACAAAACCGAACCAUUUUGUCUAGAAUUCAGUUGAUAAGAUAGAAUUCAGCUGAUCAAAAUAAUGAGACUCUGGCAGCUCGGUGAAAUACAGUGUGCCGUACAGGCCGAAAAAUCAUAACCUUUUGUUAUUACCACUGAUGCAACAUUAGAACAACAGACUUUCGCUCACUUAUCGUCUUUAAUUAGUAUCACCAUUUUUAUUUUGUUCCUAGCCCUGGCAGUGUUGUGGCAACGCUGGUCAUGUUUUUCGGUAGUUCAGUCUCUGAGCCUCUGAAACCUUUGCAGGAUGAAAUUGCUGACUCCAAACUUGGCCAGUUCGCCGUUGGUCGUCAGUUGUAUAUUUACCAGCCGAUCCUUCCUCCAACGACUCCCCCAUCAACAGGUGCAGACAUUUUAUUUUUAAAAAGAUUUGCUUACACGUAUGUACGUAGAAAUAAGCCUAUAAAUGGUCGUUUCGGUUGGAACGAGGUGAGAUAAAAGGAAAGAGUGAAAAUUCCCACAUUUGCCCUACCCACCCCUAGCCUUUUGAAAUCAGUAGCUUUGUUGAUGUGCUCUAUCACUGUAAUUUUUGCGGAAGAAAGAAUCGAACAAGCUCUCAUACACACAUAGGUAUAUAUUUUUUCAAUGUUGUCUGGCGUACCUCAUCAGAGAACUGCCGGCAUAAAAAUAGGAGAAACUCGUGAAUAGACCUUUCCGCAUUUCGCGCAAGUGAGUAAACAUAAAGAAAUGAGGACGGGGCUCGGGUGGAAAAUUUCAUAUAAAUCACUGUAUUUUGUCCACCCGAGCCUCGAGUUUGUUCCUUUGUUUACAGGAAUGCGAAUAGUCUAUUGUGUUAUAAUUGCAGACGCCCAUUAACUGUUAUUGACGCCAAGUAUUUUUUCAAUUAUUUUAUGCAGUACCGCAACUGGAUUCAUCGGACACACCAGCGAACGCAAACGAAGGUAAGUGAUAUUAGUCCUUCACCUUUUCUUGGACUGUUGUCUUCUCUUAUCAUGAAAAACUGGGGUUGUGUUUCAUAUGCCGAAAUCUGAAAUAAUCGUAAGUAACAAAGGGUAGAUAACAAUAGACGUCCGUGUAUGACCAUGGAUAAAGAACGGAACAUGAAUUGUAGAUUGAAAUCAAUGGAUUUCGGUAUAGGGCGUUUUCACUCACCUGGCUAACAUCUUUGCAUAUUUAUUGGAAUAAAAGAAACCGUUUCAAUAAUGAAAGAAGUCAACUCCCAGAGGACUGGUUUGGGACACCAAUUUAACACUAUCAUUCAUAUUAAUUUGCAUAGUCACACUAAUCCUUUAACUGACUUUGUUUUGCGAACAGUUUUGUCUCACCAACACAAUAGAGGAACCGACAAGAGUGACAAACAUGAAUAAAUCUCUAAUUGAUGUUAUCUUUAGUCAAAUGACCAGAACGUUCGGCUACUAGUGAUCAUGACCUUAAUAUUUACAAUGUCAGGAAACAGAGAUUACCGAAGUCUAAAGUCAAAGUAAUUAAGUCUAGAAGUAAGAAACACUUUAAUCAGAAUGACUUCCUGGCUGAUGUAGCAACAACACCUUGGGACACUGCUUUUAUUUUUGGCGACAUUGAUGAUGUCUGGGCCUACAGGUAUAAACUAUUUAAUGAAACUGUAGAGAAACACGCACCUUUUAUGAAAAAGAGAAUCCGGUCAAAUUAGCUCCCCCGGAUCAAUGUAGAGAUAAAGAAAGCAAUGCGAUUGAGAAACAAGUUGUACAAAAUAAUAUCAUUGCCACCCUACUAAAGACUUAUGGGAACACCAUAGUAUGCAAAGGAACUUAGUUACUAAACUGAAGCGAGUCGUAAUCAAACCUUUUUGAGCUGACUCUGCAUCUACUGCAACCACACCCAACGGUUUCUGGAAAAGACUGUAACCCCUGCUACCCUCUGCAGGGAGAGACGUCUUGCAGGAGGAUAGUCCCUUAAUGGAUGAUCGGAAAGUCGUUAAAGAAGUGUCAAAUUUAUUGAACACUUUCUCCUCUACUCCAAUCCUGGAUCAGUCCGCCCUGAAGCUUAAGUAGGGAGAUUUUUUGACCCACCCUAGCAUCACCAUUACAUUACGUGACUUCAAGCUGGGCUUUUCCUUCCAACCAGUACGUGUCUCAUAUAUUGAAACUCUUCUGGGGAAAUCAAGUGCAACAAAUCUUGUGGAACUGACAAAAUAAUGCCCAAGAUUCUUGAAUUAUCAGCGCUAUCUAUAGCAGUUCACCUAGCAAAGCUACUGACUUAAUCUAUGUAUUACUACUUCUACGUGGCCUGCGGAGUGGAAGCUUAACCAUGUGACGCCCGUAAUAAAAAAGGAUGAUGCCACAUCAGUAUCAAACUAAAGACCUAUCGGUGUCCUGUCUGUCAUACCCAAGAUCUUAGAAAAGGUCAUGCUUGACCAGCUUUGCGAUGCUUUUCAACCCUUCCAACACGUUUGGAUUUCUUCGAAGAAAUUCAUGCUGCACAGCUCUGGUCAAAGUGGUCGAUGACUGGUCUCAGUGGCUUUAGAUUCCAAAAAGGUUACUGGCUCCAUUGCAAUUGACUUAUCCAAAGCUUUUGAUUCCAUGUGUCAAAAUUUUCUUGCAGAGCUACGUGCUUAUGGCGUUGGUGAGGAGGCAAUUGCCUUUUUUGCAUUUAAACCUGUCUGGUCGAAAGCAAAAAGUUAAGUUAACGGAGGUUUCUCAGAUUGGUUACCGGUGUACUGUGCAGUGUGUCUCAAGGCAGCCUCCUGGGGCCCCUUCUGAUUAAUGUAUUUAUCAACGAUCUUCUUCUGCUCAACUUUCUUCCCUGCGGCUCUACGCUGAUGACACUACCGCCUAUGCAUCCAAUACCAACAUUUCAGCUUUGGAACUGUCUCUUAACAAAGAUCUUGAGAAUCUUUCUUCCUGGCUUGCCACAAAUUACUUGUCCGUCAAUGGAAAGAAAACCCAAGUGAUGAUCUUGGGUAAGCACUCUGGAUAUGACUUCCUGAAUAUUCUUGGAGUUCAUAUCGACCAUAAGUUGUCCUUUUUAGACCACCUGUCAACUUUUUUAAAGGAGGUCUACUCCAAGGUUGGAGCUCUGAGGCGAAUUAGAAAGCUGGUGCCUGCUGACAUCUAACUUGUGCUGUACAAGGCGAAAUGUAUACUUCCACACUUUGAAUAUUGUAGUCCAUUACUAUUAGGGAUUAACAAAACGCUGGACCAGAAACUUCAAUCUGUAAACUAUUAUGUUAAACAGCUUAGAUUGUGAUUCCAUACUUUCUGCUGUAAACAUGCAAUCACUGGAACAUAGACGGUACUUAAUCAUUUUUUUAAGCCUGGUUUCCAUAUGAUUGCUACGAUCGCUGCGAUCGCAGCGACAAAAAGAGUUCAGCGAUCGCAGCGACAGGACCGAUCAUAUGGACACCACAUUCCAGCGAUCUUAGCGAUCGCAGCGACAACGAUCACUGAGAUAGAAAAAAAUUAUCUCAGCGAUCGUGUUCCAUAUCAUAACUAUGUUCGCUGGCAUCGCUGAACUUUCUUUUCCCCUCGGGGAUCGCAGCGAUCGAUAGAAACCGGGCUUUAUCUUCCUUUUUAAAUGUAUAAAAGGAAACGGGCCUGACUGUAUUUCUAAUGUAUUCGAACCUCGUCUAUUGCGUUACAAUUUAAGGAACAGUGAACACAAUCUCACGCAACAAUCCUAUAAUCAUCGAUUUUAUCUCACUUACAAGGCUUAGCAUUUGUGGAAUCAGCUUCCUUCUUACAUUAAGAAAUGGGCUGAGUUGAAUGAAUUUCAUAAGAAUUUGAGACCUUUUAACAUUAUAAACUUAAGGGACAGUUGUAAAUGUAAUUUUUGUAAUUUUUGUUUUUACGAUAUCUUAGAAUUAUUUUUAACUUUUUUUUUCUUGGGGUAUUUAACUCAUUCUCAUGGGUUUUAUAUAAUUAGUUUCUAAUUAAUUCAGUGGGAUACGGGAGGGUGUUGCUUUGAGUAUUUCUAACAUAACAUUCUCGGAUAUAUUAAUUUUUAUCUUUUUUUUAAACAUUUAUGACCUUUUUAGACUACUUUUACUGAAAUGGUUUACUAUCAUUAACUAUUUUUAUCGUCAUACAUCUACGUUUCAUUCAUGAGCGUCCAGCUCGGAUGAUCGGGGCAACCCCAUCCCACGUAUUGACAGAAAUAAGUUGAUUGACUGAUUUAUUGGCCGCCAUUUCAAUGUUUUGGAACAUCAAUAUGGCCGCCGUGACGUCAUGUGAAAACGCUUUAUAAGAAAGUCUACCCCAAAAAAUGGAAACAAACAAAGUUCAUUUCAAAUUUGUUUCGCAGAUAAAAGACGACGCAAACGCACAUCAUAUGCAAUAUCAAAGCCUCUGCGUAGUACUGAUAUUAUUUCAAUUGCGCAGCCAUUUUCUGAUGCUAUUAAGAUUUUUUUUUUCCUAUCCAGGUGUUGAAUGGAAGAAACGAAGUUUACUUUUACAUGCAAUUUACUUAAGUGUCAUUUCUUUGCUUGUGGCACUUAAUAUAUUACUGGUCGUUCGGAGAUGGAGAAAACCGGUACCCAAUGUUAAAGGUAACUGACACAAUUUCUUUUCAGCAAAAUAGUAAGUCAUCUACAACGGAUUUUUAUAAUUAUUCGUUGAAGAUUUUCUAGGCAGGUGAAUUAAAUACAAUUAUAUAUUACUAUCUUUCUGAAAGACCCUUUUUUCUAUGUCUCUAUAUUUCAAUUUGCAAAUAAUACACAAGUCAAGCUCGUUGCAACGUCAUCAACGUACAGACAAUUUACAUCACAUUACGGAUUUCUUUUUUAACAGGUCUUGCUAAAGUAACAAGGUACGUAAUAACUUGAAGUGUAUAUUUUUACAAGUAUUAGCAUUGCAAAAGUUAACAUACCUCGUUUACGAUCGUCUAUAAGAUGUAUCUUAUCUGGCAACAUGAGUAAUUGAAAUUGAAGGAAUGAUCCUGUCAUUUAACUCAGAUGAUGUUUUUCUUUACUUUUAGGCUUCCCAAAACAAACAUUUUUGACACGUUUUUUUCUUGCACGUAGCUUCAUUUUUUUCCCAUAAAAUAUCAAAAUAUGUGAUUUGUAUUUCUUUUUAGUUUCAGCAGGAGAGAAGAAACCUAUCGGGACUUGGAGGUACACUUAUAAGCCAUGGAAACUGUCUUUUAAAAAAAUGUCACGCAAAGAAACAAAAUAAUAUUCGAGACUACGAGAUACAAAAAAAAUUGAAAAAUCUGAUUUUGCGAUGUAAAUGAAUUAAAUUUUGUUACAAAACUACACAAGAUUUGUCAGCAAUCAAACCUUUGUCUACAUUCGUCUUUUUAUUUUUUCUGAGUUUUCUUCGGUGAAGAUCAGUCAUGCAGUAUAACUAUUCUUUGCGUCUGCAAUAGUCCAUUUGCAUGAUGGCGUCAUUUUACUACUACGACCAGAAUCCUUCGGGUCUAUGCUUUCUUGCGCAAAUUGGCACCUUUGCUAUUUAAACCUUGCUGGGAUUACCAAAUUAGUAGAAUGACGCUAUCGUGCAAAUGACCUAUUCAGCCGAGUGGGCAUGCAAUAUUAAUUCUGUAUGUAGUAAUUGAUAUAAGUUAAGGAAUGACUUUAUAAUUAUUUGUUACAGAACUCUUAUUAACCCUCCGACGUACAUGCAAAUUUUGCAGUACUUCGAAACGAUUUUACCUUCAGUGGAAAGCCUUUGAUCUUCUCUACACGAUAAGGUAUAUUUUAUGGGUUGUAGCGUUGCUGGGGGCCUGUGACGUUACCAACAAUUGUUGCCAUCUUGGAUUUUACCAAGAAUUAGAAAUCAGUUUAAAACCGCGAGAAAUGGUGAUUUUUUGUGCUUGAGAUUAAAAGUAACACAAAUUAGAGCUUAGCAUGAUUUUAGCCACAAGAUUUACUGUUAUUGUUGACAAAAGUUAAAAAAGACAUGUACUUUCACUCAAAAAUGACUUGACCACCUCCUACUUAUGACGUUAUAUCUCGUAACCAUAGAAACUGACCAACACUGAACUUGAUUCAAAAACCUUGGGGGGGGGGGGGGGGUGGCAUCCCCCCUUCCCCCCUUGUACGCCGGAGGGUUAAAGAGAACAGAAGUAAUUGAUUAUAGCCUUAGAUAAAUGCAGAUGAAGAAAGAGGAUAAAUAAUGCUUUUAAUUAUUCCGUAACAGAGUCAAGGAACGCCACUUGCAGAGGAUAUUACUUAUAUUAAUACACAAGCUGGGGUGGAGUUGCAUACACAGUUACCUUCGUCGCAUUCCGAGCAGCAGUUGUAUGAUGCCUGCAGCUACACACCACCAAAUCCAGAAAGAAGUAGCUGGGAAGUGAGACGAACAGAUGUCACCAUAGUUAAAGUCAUUGGGAAGGGAGCAUUCUGUCAGGUUGCAAAAGCGGAGGCGUGGAAUUUAAAUGGAUCGAAGGGUGUCACUACCGUAGCUGCAAAAAUGCUCAAAGGUGAAUAGUUUAUGGGUAUAACUCCUCUUUCUUUUCAAAGAACGAAAAAAUGGAUUUGCGCCAAAUUUUUUCAACGCAAAUACGAUGCUAAUUUGUGCAAACUGAGGAAUAAGUCUGAACAAAGGUGGUUAAUGCUAGAUUUGCAUACAUGUACCUAUUUACACCUAUUUACCUCAGUUUGCGCAAAUUAGCAUCGUAUAUUUGCACUGAGCAAAUUUGGUGCAAAUCCAUUUUUUCGUCCAGUUUAAGUACAGUUUGUCUUCGCAGAGCUACAUGAGAGUCGUUUUCUGUUUUUCUCUAGGAAAAGCACCAGAUUCAGACAGAAAAGAUCUAAUGUCAGAAUUGGAAUUGAUGAAAAAACUUAAACCUCACCCUCACGUAAUCAAACUUAUGGGAUGCGUCACUGAGACAGGUAAUAUCCAUUCAAAAAGUAACAAGUGAAUUUUAAAAAGUGAACAUAAGCCAAGAUCAGCUUAUUACAUGUAACUACACCAUCCUUGCAGAUCCCUUACUUGUGCUAAUUGAAUACAUUCCAUACGGUGAUUUGUUGGGGUUUUUGAGGAAGAGUCGGGGCCUCAAGGACAAUUACUAUAAGAACCCGGAUAUUAAGCCAAAGACAACUCUGACGUCGCAGCAAUUGAUUCAGUUUGCUUGGCAGAUCGCUGAUGGUAUGGAAUUCCUUUCUUCUAACAAGGUAAGGGCAAAGAGUGAAAGAUUUAUAGUGAUUUUGUAUAGCAUCACUUACAGACAUUCACCACUGAGUCGGAAUUGCCCUUGGCUAGUAGUUAUAUUCCCAUCUCCCAAGAAGCGUUUUUCUUUCUUUCUGCUUGUUUUCCUCCGUUUUCUUCUUCUUUCACAUUAUUUACUUUGGCAAGUAUCGUUUCGUAUGCAAGGUUAUCCAUCGUGACUUGGCAGCAAGAAAUGUUUUGGUUGGUGAAGGAGAGAAGUGUAAGGUGACAGAUUUUGGGAUGGCGAGGGAUGUAUAUGGAGAUGACAUUUACAAAAAGAAAAGUCGGGUGAGUAAUAAAAACCCAAUUUUUUUAUUUCAUUUGUUGUGUGUUUUUUAAUAGGCAAGUACAUUGUGGAAGACAAUAAAAAUCGCAAGUUCUAUAUAAUUUAUUUACCUUUAGACAAACAGUUACCCUGUGGGCAGUGGUCCCUCCUUGCCAAAUGUUGCAGGAGAGAAAAGCGAGCGAUCAUUUGGUUCUUUGAUCGAGCCGCCGUCCGGCCUCAUGGACGAAUAAAUUAACUUUGUCAAGUUCAUGCAACUCUGCAAGCUUCGAUUUACUCUACCGGUUUCGUUCGUUCAAAAAAUACUUUUUGCGCCCAGUCAGAGACAAGCAUUCGAAUGAGUCGUGCAACUGGUUUGUUAAGGGUAGCAUCCAAGGGUUUCUCUCAGCCGUUGUUGAAAACUUUGGCCGCCGUUUAUCCCGACCUGACUGACCGCCACCGCUUGCAGAGUAACCAACAGCUAGGAACAAAUACAAGACAGAACUAAACGAAAAAUACACAAAACAAAACAAAAACAAAGAAACAAUAUUCGCCACUAAGAAUUGGCAAACAAAACAAUAUAGUCAAUUACAAAAACAGUUAGGCACACUCGGAAGAAUGUUGAAAUUAUCCAUGUAAAUGAACUCUUUAGGGUCGUCUUCCAGUUAAGUGGACUGCUUACGAGGCAUUACUUUAUGGGACCUAUACUACACAAAGUGACGUGUAAGUAUUAAAAUUUAUGAUGCGAUAAGUUUUUGCACCUCUACUUAUUAACGAUAGCAUUGUUAGUGACGGCCACUAAUAACAUUGUAAUUCGCAUUGUCAUUUGGUACGCGAUUCUAAUAAUCUUUAAUUUCAAAUAUUGCAUGAUACAUUUCCUUAGCAAUGAUUUAGUCUCAACGGCGCCGAUGGUCAAUGAUCUUUAAUAAUAAUAUGCAAAAGAUAAGGUACUAAAAACGUUUAUUUAAAAAAGUCCUAACAAAAAAUAAGUACUUUGGAAGUUACGAGAACUCGUUACUGCUUGUCACACCCGAGCAGCCUUACCCACUGGUGAUUUUGUUGAAAUUCAUUUUCAAAACAUAAACUACUAAAAGACGCGACUUAGCUAAGACACGUCUUAUUCUAGAACAGCCCUUAACACCUGUUCUUAAGGUACGUAAAAACGGGAAACAAAAAACGCGCAACUUGUUUUGCAACAUUGCUGCAAAAAGGGUUGAAUAGCGAUGUUGCGCGUUUUUCCACCCACAUCAAACCUGUCUUGCAACAAAUCAGGCUGUUAACAGGUUUAAACAUGAGUGGUAAAACGCGCAACAUCGCUAUUCAACUCGUUUCGCAGCAAUGUUUUUCCGUACCUUCAGAUAAGACGCGUCUUAGCUAAGACGAGAAAAACCUUCGCGUCUUACGUAAGACGCAAACGCAUAGUACGCAUGCGUUAAUUUUUGGCGGGAAAAUUUCCGCUUGCCCCGCGUCCGAUUGGCAGGCUACUGGUAGGGAAAAGCUGUUUAUAAAUUACAACGCGUUUUCGUUUCCUUGGUGAUAAUAAUGAUCGCCUUUUUCCCGAGAAAUAUACAGUGAAAGACCAUAUUUCUAAUACUAAACUAGAAAAAGGCGAUCAUUAUUACACCCAAACACGGCACAAGCAUCUUUUUUUCCCAUUACAAUCUUAUUCUAAGAAAACUUUAAGAAAAAAUGCCCGAAAAGCGCUCGAAAAUGCAAACGAAAUGUGCUCAUGCCCCCCUGGGCAUCCUAUAAUACUCCUUAAAUCGAAUUAAUUCAAUAUGGCCGCCGUAUCGUUAAAAAGGUCUAUUAUAUAUAUAUAUUUAACAAUUAUUCCACGAGGGCGCGUUGGAUAUGAGAUGAUAGAUAGCCAACGAGGCGCAUAGCGCCGAGUUGGCUAUAAUCAUUUCAUAUCCAACAAGCCCGAGUGGAAUAAUUGUUUUAUUAAAAACGCCCACAAAAUCUCGUUGAAUCGCCCCGACUAGAACAAACCGGAAAAGACAAGGGACUUCCGCUAUUGACAUGUUACACGUCUAUCAAAACUGUCAACGCGCGAACGGACUCGCCUAUAGACUGCAUGAAUGAAAAAUCAAAACAUUGUGCGAUGAACAUUAGUUUUUUAAAAACUCAUCGUGAUUCUAGGAUUUUACACAGCAGAACAGCUUAAAAAACCUGGCAGAUAAUGUGAAGGAAAGGAAUUUUUAAGUGACAGCCGUGAAUUUGGAUUUUCGGUGCAGUUAUAAAAGUAAGAACAACGGAGAAAAACUACCGGUAUUACCUCGGUCGCUUGUUAUGAAGUUGUUUGAAGCUACAAACUGGUUUUGCUGAACGAGAAAAGAAGCUAUACUGCCGCCUCGAUUGCUCUAGUGAAUGGCUGCAUAGCCUGUAUUUGUAGCUGGUUACUUGUGAUUUAUAUUCUUGAUGUCGGAUAAACAAGCUGCAGUUAUCUAUCGGCGAGUGACUCGAUCGGCGAAUGGCUUCGCGAUCAUGAAGAAACAACACUUGUCUUCUUUCGUAGCUAGUCAAGGUACCUUAGUUCCAUGUGUUUUCAUGUGUUUUCGACAAACUUUCAAACAAGCUCUUGUGGCUUUUUUUUUGUUUUUGUCUUUUUCUUUCGUUGAAAUUGCAUUUCUAGUAUUCUAAGAAAUGAAUUAAAACGAUUUGCUUCGGGCGCCGUUCUAUCCUUCGCGAAAAAAAAUCUCAGCUAGCUUCCAAUUUUAAACUGACGCGUACACCGACCAUAUAUGGAGAACAUGGUAUAUUAGCUCAUAUACCAUAACGGCUAAGCCAAUCAAAAUGCUAGAAUUGCAUUAUCCAAUGAUUCAGUUUUUAAUAAAUAUAUAUAUACAUAUAUAUACAUAACAAUGCAUUGCAUUAUAUUACAUGUACAUUAAUAUAUCAUAUUUAUAUUACAGGUGGAGUUUUGGUGUUGUUCUGUACGAAAUAUUCACUGUGGGUAUGUUUGCUUUUCGCAUAACUGUUUAAAGACAAGUUGCGAGCUAAAGAUAAUACUGCAUGCGACCUAGAUAAAUCGAAAGUCUUCUGUAAAUCAUUCAUUGUAUCUUCUAUGUUUGUUCUGUUGUGAAAAUGAUGAUUAUGUUAUGUUGUAAGCAUUUCUUUUGCAUAAAUACAGUAGAAUUACUACCCUGCGAGCAGAGGCUACAUUUUCGCUGUGUUAGCUGGCGUGCGAAAAGUAUCCUCUGCCGACACCCGUUCAAAUCCGUUCAGAAAUUUGGAAGAAUAAAUUAAAAAAACGGGUUUUUUCCUGUUGUUGACCGGUUUAGAGCACUGCGUGAGUCUUGCGUGAAUCUUGCAUAGCAGAUGAGAGUUAGCGCAAUUUUUUUAUUCCCGCGAAACUUGCGCCAUUUGACGACAGACCUGACGAUUAAUUUUGUUUGCGAAAUCGCGUGACGAAUUUCGUGCAUGCACGAUAGAAAAUUAAACGGUUGUCAGCAGAGGCUACUUUUCGCACGCCAGCUCCUACAGCGAAAAUGUAGCCUCUGCUCGCAGGGUAUAAAAGUACAGGAUUAAAAAAUAAUUAAACACAAUUUGAUAAAUUGUGGAGCUCAUUUUCCUGCAACGUCGUUGCCGUUCGCGUUUUGCAGGUGGAUGUCCGUAUCCUGGCAUAGAGGGACGUGAAAUUGCAAACAAACUGAAAAAUGGCUACAGGAUGCCAAAACCGAAACAUAUUGACCAGAACCUGUAAGUACUUUUCUACUGGUGCGAAGAUAAUUUCUUUUGCAAGCAGUUUAUAUCGAAUUUUAUAGAGAAUUUGUUUACUUUAUGCCUUCAGUGCUUUCGAUGGAACCUAAGAUAUGUCUGUUAUCUAUAAAUCUUUCUUAAUCUUACCUUUUUUAAAUUCAAGGUCAUUCCUUCAUUCAUGUUUAGACUUUUCGUUAGCUAAUACGUUUUCUCCAUAAAGGAGAAAAAGUCUUAAAUAUUGAUAAAUUGUUCUUGAAUCGUAUGUUUGAUAUAUUAACUGUUGAUUUUUUUCAGUUCAAUUUGAUGGGACUCAAUUUAAUAACAAUUAUAUGUAAUCACUGUUUGAUUAUAUCCUAUUCUAUUCUAAUUUUUUCUCUGGUAGUUAUGAUCUUAUGCUUCAAUGCUGGCAACAAAAGCCCGAUGAGCGACCAACAUUUUCUGUACUAAAGGAUACUCUGGCAGACAUGUUGCAGAAUAACAACGUAUGUGUAAUUUAAAACUUUUCUCCUCUUUUUAACAACGACAAAAGCAUUAAUUAAUGAAAGAAAACAAAACAGACCCCAAAACUUCCUUUGACAGGGACGGCACAACAGUUACCCCUUCUCUUGACCUCUCUGAAUAAUGCAAGCUUUGUUUUCAAAAAACAAAAUAUAAUAUCAUUAUGUUAAAGAAGCUUCGUCGUCUCUUUUAAGAGAUUAAGGCCCCGUCCACACGUGUUCGUAUAUUUUUGAAAACGAAGAUUUUCCCCUCAGUUUUCAAAACAAUAUGCGUCUAUAUGUAAGCGUACUCGAAUCGUUUUUGCCCGUCCAAAUACGAUAGCAUACCUUUCAGACCAUGCUCAAUGCUAGUAGUAUGUGAAGGAUGGCAUUUUCGUAUUAAAAAACCUCCGUUUUCGUCCGUCCACACGUAAAAUAGAAGGCAAGGUUUUCAGAAAUCUCUUUUCUAGAGAGCGUUUUUGAAAAGAUGCGUUUUCGGUGACCGUUUUAACCUGAUACAUGCGGAUGGUAGGCCAACUGACCGGGGAAUUUUUUUUCUAUAAAAAGAGAUACGUGUGAACGACGCCUAAAGCGUGCACACUGUCAAUCUUCGUAAGAUGAAAUUAACAGGACUUGAAAAAAGAAAACAACAGAGAGUUGUUGCUCGAUUUUUACGCACUGUGCGACAUAAGAUUAAGAGUUCUGAAAUUUAAUUGUACACUGUAGAAACAAAACACUUUUCCGCCACGAUCGUUAUAUUUUACAAGUAACGUGAUCUACUAAGCUACAGUCAUAAAAUCUCAGAUUAACAUUUCAAUGACGGACACGAUUUCAAGACAAGAUUAUUAAAGACCAAAACCCUCUCUUUAAAAGCAAUAAACACUUAUGUGACACACUACUGUAUUUUGAAUGCUCAUCUGACUGACAAAACAACUACUGUAACUGCGACAUAAAAUUGCGUGUCAUGGACCUAACAAACCCAUCGAAAAGAAGAAAAAAGACCCUUCCCAGUGACGUGUAGUAUUGUUCCCUCUGAAAAAAUCUGCAUUGUUCCCUCUGAAAAAAUCUGCAUCUUUACUUCCGGUAUUGUUUUCCUCUUAAACAAACAAAACCUCAUUCCUAGGUGUAGUAUUUCUGAAUGUUUAGUUCUAGCACUAGCCGCCCUAUGUUUGUACAUUAAGUAACAGAGCAUGCGCACUGGUUGUAAAUGAUUAAAAUGUGGCCUGAAUAAUGUUUGUGGUUAAAUCCUGAAUCAUCCGUUAUAGUUAAAUCCAGCGAUCCAUAAACACAUUAGGACCGUCACUUCCACAAUUUUUUUUUUGCAUUCAACCAAAAUGAACCUCUCUAACAGUCCUCUAAUUUGAAAUUUAGCAUUCAAAACAGAAAUCUCUAAGCGCAGAAAAAAAAAUUGUAUGCUGACCUCUUUUUUGCGUAAAACUCUAGUAAUAACUUAUUAACAAUUAUUCCUCAAGCUCGAAUGGACUCUGAGUUAAUAACCGAAUGGGCUAUUGACUCAGAGGCCAUGAGGGCGAGAGGAAUAAUUGUUUUAGUAAAAUCCAACUAGUUAGUCGAAAAUAUCGAGAAUGAAAAUCUUUUAGCUGGUUAAAGCUAGACUUUUUGGCCGCCAAAAGGCCCGCGCUUCUCGCUACUAGUGGGCUAUAACAUAUAGCCUAGUAGUAGCUCAACCAAUCUGAACGCAGUAUUGAUAACAGAACACUAGUUGGAUUUGACAGCAGCAUUGAUAAUAGACCACUAGUUGGAUUUUACUAAUAUCGUAUAUUCUCGAUAUAUGAAACAAGUCUAUACAUUGUGUGUAGUUAUAAACAAGCAUCCGGCCAUAAGGCCCUCCCCCCCGGAUAUGAACCGUCCUUCAAACGCAUUAAAAUGAAUUCGAUAUAUCUCGGCGUUUUGAAGCAUAAUUUCAAGAACACAGUAAAUGCAAAACCAUUUUUUGAUCGGCACUACUACAGGUUUUUGGAAGCGUUUCUUUUCCAUUACGGAUAUAAGCCCCUCCUUAUUAAAACCACUUACAAAGAUGAAUAAGCCCAGGGUUUAUAGGCGGCAGUUUACGGUAUUCUUUUAAAGGAGGAUGUUAAAACAAAGAAGCUGGAACUUAGCUGGAGUUUAAAAUAGUUGUUCUUUUAGCGAGAAUGAAACGUGCAGUUGGGCUUUAUGUCACCGCACCGAAGAUUUGGCAAUUUCGUAUUAUUUACAAGUCUGAUAUAGUAAACGGAAAAAUAAGAGACAUAUUGUUUUAAUUUACUGACACACAACUUUAACUUUUUUCUUGACAGCAUACAUACGCUAACAUGGAAGAAUACAAUACCCAAGACUACGGCUAUAUUGACGAUCUUUUGGAGUAG